AUGUUUUGCGAUGCCGCAUCCUUUAUAGAACCCACCAAUAAUAAUAAUGAUGAAGAAGAGUAUAUUUUUAGAGAUGUAUUAGGCUCUAAAUUUAAAGGUUAUAACAGUGUUUUUUCACCAAUCAAUACUCCGAUUGAAAUUGAGUUGGAAACUAACACAAGACUGAAAAAUUUUCAGAUGGUACUUGUAGAAAAAGGGUACUUAAAUGUGAUUUGGGAGGAAGCAACUGUAAUGUCAUUUAAUAAUGAACACAACCAUGAGAUUUCUAUUGAAACUGUAAAAUUUUCUACCACUUACAAAAAUUUUUCUAAAGAAAUUAUGAAACAGAUAGAAUUUUAUGUUAUGCAUAGCCAAUGUGAUGCAGGAACAAUUAGAAACCUCUUUCAACUAAAGUAUCCUGAUCAUGUGUUUCUUAUUCAAGACCUAGGGAAUGCAAUUCAAAGAAUUAAACAAGAAAAGGGAUUGAAUUUAGGGGAAAUAGCAUCUCUAUUAAUAAAGCUUCUUGAAUUGCAAGCUAAUGAUCCCGCAUAUCUCUUCAUAUUAAUCGAUAACUAUAAUAAGAGUAGGUUGGUAGCUCAAGCAUUCAUGCAGAAUGAAAGACAAGAAUUAUACGAAUGGUUACUUCAAUGUUGUCUUGAAGCAUGUGAAAUUCCUCCAUUAACAUUUGUUACUGAUGCUGACCCUGCAAUGAUUGCAGCCAUUUCUAUAGUAUUUUCAGAGACUCAUCAUAUGCAAUGUUUAUACUAUUUCUAUCAAAAUCUUUCAAAAAACCUUCGUUCAUGUUUAGGAUCAUCACUUUAUUAG